AUGACCGUUUUAGAGACGUCUUUGCCUAUGCCAUUCAAAAAAGUUGCGUCUGGAAAAGUGAGAGAUCUUUAUGAUUGUGAAGAAUUUCCUUCUUCCCUGCUGUUUGUUGCAACAGACCGUAUCAGCGCAUACGAUGUGAUUAUGAAUAACGGAAUACCUGAAAAGGGUAAGAUCCUUACAAAAAUCUCAGAGUUUUGGUUUUCGCUCUUUAAAGGUAAAAUUCAAACCCACUUAAUUACCUCUAAAUGGAACGAAAUGCCUUGGAUCAUCCAACAGCAUCCAGAGUUGAAGGAUCGAUGCAUGCUUGUUAAAAAAUUCAAAAUCCUUCCUAUUGAAGCCAUUGUUCGUGGCUACCUAACUGGAAGUGCGUGGAAGGAAUACCAGGCUCAUGGAACCGUUCAUGGAAUUCAAGUUCCCGCUAAUAUGCAAGAAGGAGAGGCUUUUCCUGAACCUCUUUUCACCCCGAGUACAAAAGCUGCUGAGGGACACGAUGAGAAUAUCCAUCCCGAUACUGUGACUAGCAUCGUUGGCGAAGACUUGGCUAAACAAGUUUCUCAAGCUUCUGUUGAACUUUACAAAAUUGCCAGAGAAGCUGCAUUGCAAAAGGGAAUCAUUAUCGCAGAUACUAAAUUUGAAUUUGGUGUCGAUGAAACUACAAACAAAGUUGUUCUUGUGGAUGAAGUGUUGACUCCAGAUUCUUCUCGAUUUUGGCUUGCUGCUGACUACAAAGUUGGAACAUCGCCAGACAGCUUCGAUAAGCAGUUUUUGCGCAAUUGGCUUACCUCUAACAAACUAAAUGGCAAGCCCGGGGUCUCUCUUCCUGAAAAUAUCGUUCAUGCUACUGGUAAAAAAUAUAUGGAUGCCUAUGAAAUGAUUACUGGAAAGAAGUGGUCCUAUUAG